UACGAACCGCGAAGAUAUUCCAAAAUCCCGCGAUCUGCGAGGAUCAAUUAAAAAUAUUCGAGCAGAUAUAAUAAUUAUAAAGAUAGUGGCGUAGGAAUUCAUUAUUUUUAAACGAUUGAUAAGAAUGACAUUUGUUAUUUGUUGCUUGUUGUAUUGUUAAUUUUACACAUACUUAAUUAUUUGUGUGUGUCUUUCGACAAUUUCGUUCAAACCGGCCUCGCGCGCGCAUCACUCGCCACUCCGACGAAGAAAACCCGCCCCGAACAUGAAGAAAAUCUUCGAUUGCUCGAACUUCAAGUACAGGAUUUUCCAGUACCUAGCUGCACUUGCAGCCAACUUGGGGAUGUUCUCCAUAGGGCUGCACUACGGCUGGCCCUCUUCCUCCCUUCCCAUUCUAACCAGCGGCAACUACACCUUCAGCAUGUCCAAUUCCGAAGCCUCCUGGAUGGUAGCCAUCACCCCCAUGGGGUCCGUCAUAGGCGAUCUGAUAGCGGGCUUCACACUCAACACGUUCGGCCGCAAGAAAAUGAUAAUGGUCUCCUCCAUUCCCCUCACCGUGUCUUGGAUACUAGUCGCUGUAGCCCAAUCAUCAGUUUACUUAUUCAUCGCCAGAAUCAUCGCGGGAAUCGUCGACGGGCUGCUCUUCACAGCCAUACCCCCGUACCUAGCGGAAAUAGCCGAUCCGGAGAUCAGAGGAUUCCUAGGUACAACGUAUUUCGUGACGCUGGUGUUCGGUAUGCUGGUGUCCAACGUCCUGCUGUUCUUCCUGUCCAUUCCGAUCAGCGCUUACAUAGCCUGCACAGUGAGCGCCUUCAUGCUGCUGAUCCUGCCCUUCCUGCCGGAGAGCCCCUACUUCCACCUGAUGCGGAACGAGAUGCUGCAGGCGAAGGCCAGCCUGCAGAAGUUCCGCGGCAGGGGCGAGGUCACCGAGGAGCUGGGCAGGAUCUCCAAGGGGAUAUUGGAGGAGGAACGGUCCGGGACGGGGGGCGUAAUGGAGCUGGUUACCAACAGGUACAACAGAAAGUGCCUGCUGCUGGCCAUAUUGAUGACUGUGGUGCAGCAAACGACUGGAGUUUUGGCUAUACAGUCUUACGCGGAGACUGUGUUUCAGGAAACUAAGCAUAUAAUACGACCUGAUGUGGCUAAUAUCAUCUAUUUCGCUCUCUAUUUCUUAGCUACUUUAAUAGCUUUAGUAUUAGUCGACGUAUCGGGUAGAAGACCUCUAUUCCUGAUAUCCAUAACCAUAGUUUGUAUAGCUUUAUUCACCAACGGUACAUACCUGUACCUCAAAAAUGCGACUUCCAUAAACCUCGACGGUUACGAGUCGAUUCAGAUACUAGCCCUGCUGGUAUUCACCGUAGCUUACAGCAUCGGCUUGAACAACAUCCCGGUGUUGGUGAGCAGCGAGAUCUUCCCGUCGCACAUCAAAGGGAAGGCCUUCUGCGUGAUCAACGUGAGCUUCAGCUUCGCCUCGACGUUCGUGAUCAAGUACUUCGGCUGGACGAACGAGGCCGUGGGGAUGUACGUGCCUUUCUACACGUACGCGGCGUGCUCGGCGGUGGGGGCCGUGAGCAUAGCCCUGCUGAUGCCGGAGACCAAGAAGAAGACCCUCGAAGACAUCCAAAUGGAGCUGGCGGGUGGCGAGAGGGAGGAGAAGAGCGCCAACGGGGUGAUUUAGUCGGUGUUGUCGAUUCGAGUGGGGCUGGUAGAACAAAUUUUUGACGGUAUUCCGGUGGAACGGGGUCGAAUUUUUUUUUUAUAAUUUUUAGUAAUCCUUAUGAGAAGAUUAAGCCAAACUGAUUAGAGUGAUUGUAAUAUAUAUUUUAUCUGUGAUUGCUUUAGGUUGUUUUGUAGAUAAAUGGACUAUUAAAGUAGGGCUAGCUUCUAUUUUAUAAACUUAAAUUAUCCAUAUACAAGGGGUCUCCUAUUUUAUCAUGUAACGAUUUGCUUGAAAAUUUCAUUAAUUUAUUAGUUUUAUUGCUGCGACUAAUCGUUUCUUACUAUUUUAUGACUACCACUGAUAUGUUUGUAUUUAUUUUAAUACAAUAAAG